AAAAUAUAUACAAAACAGGGUGGCGAGUGCCGCUGUUUGAAAGUGGAUUAUAUCCUUCCUUCCGCAUUUCCUUUCAUAGUCCAUUGCCCUAAAACCCCACCUCCUCAAGAACAAGGCAUAGAGAGAGAAAACAAGAUUGAGGGAUUCUCUUUUACCAAGCUUUUGUAGUCCAAGAUGGUUGGAUCAGAAGAGAAUUACUCAGGCGUCAUCAGGCACUCAAAUCUUCACGGUGGAGGGGGUUUAAUGGCUGGAAGGGGGAAACUUGAUGCAGGAAUGGGACAAAACCGGAGAGCAUUAAGCACCAUCAACGGACCUAUACAGCAUCCUUGUGCUGUCUACAAGGGAAAUGUCUUUUCAGAAAAUACUGCCAAUGUCUCUAACAAGAACCCACCUCCAGGUCAUGUUCAUCGUCCAGUUACAAGGAAAUUGGCUGCACAGAUGGCUAACAAACAGCAGCAUCAGCAUCAGCAACCACCAAUCAUUCAGGCCACUAAGCCGCCGAUGAGUAGCUAUGAUGUUGACGACUACAAGGCUGCUGCUGAUGACUUUGCUGUCCCGAUGUUUGUGCAACACACAGAAGCUAUGCUGGAGGAAAUAGAGGACGAGAUGGAUAAGGAGAUUGAAAUGGAGGAUUUAGAGGAGGAGGAUAUAGUCUUGGAUAUAGACAGUCCUGACAAGAGGAAUGCACUUGCGGUAGUUGAGUAUGUCGAUGACAUAUAUGCUUACUACAAGAAGAUAGAGGGUUCUAGCUGUGUACCCCGAGACUACAUGGAUCAGCAGCCUGAUAUUAACGGAAGAAUGAGGGGCAUUCUCGUUGAUUGGCUCAUCGAGGUACAUUACAAGUUUGAAUUGAUGGAGGAGACCCUUUAUCUGACUGUGAAUCUCAUAGACCGAUUCUUGGCUGUCCAACCCGUAAUGAGGAAAAAACUCCAGCUUGUCGGGGUAACAGCAAUGCUUCUCGCUUGCAAAUACGAAGAAGUGUCUGUUCCUGUGGUGGAAGAUCUCAUAUUGAUCUCAGACAAGGCUUACACCAGACAGGAUGUAUUGGACAUGGAGAAGUUAAUGGUUAACAUGUUACAAUUCAACAUGUCCGUGCCCACACCAUACGUGUUUAUGAGGCGGUUUCUUAAGGCCGCCCAAUGUGACAAGAAGUCGGAGCACAUGGCUUUCUUCAUGAUCGAUCUAUGCCUCGUUGAGUACCCGAUGCUGAGGUUCCCGCCUUCUCUGUUAGCGGCUGCAGCAAUCUUCACCGCUCAAAGCGGUCUGAGUGGCUUCAAGCAGUGGGAUCGAACUUGCGAGAAGUAUACUUGCUACACUGAAGAUCAGCUCUUGGAGUGCUCAAAACUGAUGGUUUCUUUCCAUCACAAGGCAGCAACUGGGAAGCUUAAUGCAGUGUACAAAAAGUACAGUACCUCCAAGUAUGGUCAUGUUGCAAAGUAUGAAACUGUGGAUUUUCUUCCAGAUGAAGAAGAUAUGGUUUAGGUUACUUAGUUUUUGUGUACCAGGGUGGUGGGGUUUUGGGUUUUAAUUCAGCAACAUAAGUUGCCCUGGGUGCUUUACAUACUGUUAUUUCAUCAAGACUAUAUUGAGUUGGAUUGAUUCUUAAUAUGAAUUUUUAAGUAUCUUUGCAUAU